AUCAUCACAAAGCGUGACAAGAUAGUAAAACGCGUCAGUCUGCUCUUGAAGCUCAGAUCACCAUCGGUAAGACAUCGACAAGCUCAAAGACCGAAAUUCGAUUGUAGCCGUAUCAGAUUAUUAAUUUUCCAUCAUGAAGUUAACGAUAAAGACGCUCCAGCAGAAGAUAUUCCAGCUCGAAGCCGAGGGGUCAGAAACCAUCGCAGAUCUGAAGCAGAAGAUAUCCAACACACAGGGACACCCUGUAGAAAGCCAAAAGCUCAUAUUUUCUGGCAAGAUUCUUACAGAUGACAAGACGGUUGCGUCGUGCGAGAUCAAGGAAAAGGACUUUUUGGUAUUGAUGGUUUCAAAGUCUAAACCUACGCCAGCUCAACCUCCCCCGGUAAUUGCCUCGGCAUCAACAUCGACGCCACAGCCAGAGACUACCGCACCCGCCCCGGCAGCACCUCAAGUUCUAGCAUCAGCACCAGCAGCACCAGCACCAGCACCUGUCGCGCCAUCUGCCCCUUCUGCUGCCCCCGCAGUAACGGCUGACGGCAGCUUUUUGACUGGAGAAGCACUCCAGUUGACAAUCAGUAAUAUGGUUGAGAUGGGCUUCGAACGUGAACAAGUCAUUCGUGCGCUGAGAGCCAGUUUUAACAACCCUGAUCGUGCUGUCGAAUACUUGAUGACGGGCAUUCCUGCGCAUCUCAUGCAUGAAGCAGCAGGUCCCGCCGCGCCACCAGCGCAGACGGGAGGUGUAGCACCCACUACUCCUGCCGCACCUGCACCCGCCGCACCCACAGCCCAGCCUGCCCCAGUUGCCCCAACUGGUCAACCCCAGAAUUUGUUUCAACUUGCGCAACAACAGCAGCAGCAGCAACCUGGUGGCAGAGGUACGGCAACUGCCGGUGUGGGAGCUGGAGCUGGUGAAAUUGAUCUAGAGGCCCUUCGAAACCACCCCCAAGUUCAGCAAUUGCGUCAGCUGGUCCAAACUAACCCAAAUCUGCUUGCGCCAUUAGUUCAGCAAAUUAUGGAGCAAAAUCCACACCUUGGACAACUAUUGGAAAGUAACCCGGAAGCAUUAAUGCAUUUGCUUAAUGGGGGUGACGAUGCUGAAGGCGAUGGUGUUGUGCCACCCGGCGCACAAGUAAUACAUAUUACGCCGGAGGAGCAGGCUGCGAUUGGUCGUUUGGAGGCUUUGGGUUUCUCGCGCCAGAAAGCUGCUGAAGCAUAUCUGGCGUGCGAUAAGAAUGAGGAACUUGCAGCCAAUUACUUGUUUGAGACAGGUUUUGAUGAUGAUGAGGACUAAUGAUGGACUGUAACGUCUGGAUGGAGUUGUGACCCUGCAUCAAAAUGACCUAUUUAUUGUUGAAGGAGUGCUUCAGCUCGCGGGGUGAUCAGAGAAUAGGCGUUUCUGGUAUAACCGAAGUACCUUAGCCCUGCCUAUUAAGCUUCAGUGUGUCCAAGUCAACCCGCGGAGUCAUAAUGCAAACAUUGUACUAUAG